GUGGGCUAUUAGAGGAGAUGGUACAGCACAGCGGCAAGGGCAGAUGUGCUCUCCAGGACAAGUACCAUCACCCACUGAGAGACUUUUCAAGACAAACACAGCUUCCCCUCUUCAGACUGGUGCAAGCUGAGGCACUGAAAGCCAUUAUUUUAGAAAACCACACACCGUCCUCCUAACGGUCCCUUUGAUUUUGUGCUUGUGGAAAGUAACAGCCAAAGAGAGAAAUGUGAACAGUAACAUGUAUAUUUUAGUUGUAGUCUGAGUCAAGGGGACAUGCGCCCAAUCCUCUUCCUCAUCCUUCAGCCCUCGGCAGACCCUGACCUCUCAAUUGCACAAUUCAGAGCUCGGCACUCAGCAGGCACUCAAUAACUGUCUGUGCCAAGUGAGAACAAUUUCCUGGGGCAAGUAGGAGUCAAUCUUGCAUCCCUCCCUGCCUUUUUUCCUCCCCGUCCAACCUUUGGGGCUCUGGUUUCCUGCAAGCAGUGAAUUAUUAAUGUCUGCUCAGAGAUAUCACAUUGGCCCUUCCUAGGUUGCCAACCGGGUGGAGCAGGGAGGUGGCUUUGUUCAGAGUCUGUAAAUAGGAGCGACCUUCUUGUUCAAACAGCACUUACAGACCCUUAAGUGGGCUCACACUGCUCUGCCGCUCACUCUGCACUCCCACCAUGGCUUACAUUGCCAAGUCCUUCUACGACCUCAGUGCUAUCAGCCUGGAUGGGGAGAAGGUAGAUUUCAAUACAUUCCGAGGCAGGGCAGUGCUGAUUGAGAACGUGGCCUCGCUCUGAGGCACAACCACCCGGGACUUCACCCAACUCAACGAGCUGCAAUGCCGCUUUCCCAGACGCCUGGUGGUUCUUGGCUUCCCUUGCAACCAAUUUGGACAUCAGGAGAACUGUCAGAAUGAGGAGAUCCUGAACAGCCUCAAGUACGUCCGCCCUGGGGGUGGUUUCCAGCCCACCUUUACCCUUAUCCAAAAGUGUGACGUGAAUGGUCAGAAUGAGCAUCCUGUCUUCACCUACCUGAAGGAUAAGCUCCCCUACCCUUACGAUGACCCGUUUUCCCUCAUGACCGAUCCCAAGUUCAUCAUUUGGAGCCCUGUGCACCGCUCAGACGUGUCUUGGAACUUUGAGAAGUUCCUCAUCGGGCCAGAGGGGGAACCCUUUCGGCGCUACAGCCGCACCUUCCCAACCAUCAACAUCGAGCCCGACAUCAAGCGCCUCCUCAAAGUUGCCAUAUAAACACCAGCAGAUCUCCUACUUCCUCCUGCCCCUGAGUGUCUUUCCUGAGCAUUCAGUGUGCCCUCAGGAGACUCUGCUGGGCCCAGGCUUUCCCUUCAGAUCAGUUCCCUUCAUUGAAUAGCCUUGCCUUUCUGGUCUGCCUGUUUCCUUUCCUUCCCCCCAAACUUCUGGUUGGUGAUUCAACCUGGGGCUCCAAGACGGGUGGGCUCUGAGCUUUCACAGAAUGAUGGCACCUUCCUAAAUCUGUAUGGGAGGUGUCUGAGAAGUGUGAGGGUCCGGAGCCAGCCUGCUGGCUGAGUCCAAUAAAGGGCGGGUGUGGAAACGG